AUGGGGCAGAGGCACUGCUUGGAUGCCUGCACAGUUAAGUUGAAUCUUAACAAAGAGGAGGGCGGCACUUUUAUCUGGGAAGUGGAUAACUUUGACAAAAAGUGGCCUCCAAGGAGGGAAAAAAAAAAGGGGCAACACUCCACCUGGAGCGAGGACUCCCCGCAGUCCCCACCAACCGUGCAUGGUGACCGCACCCCGGCCGCCAAGCGCACUCUCGGUCCCACACCCGCAUCCUCUGCCCAGGCCAGGCGGUUGGCAGAGCUCGGCCCUACCCCACUGUCUGCCCCGCGCCGCAGCCCUGGCACACGCCCGCUCCAGCCCGAGUCAGCCACGUGCGCCGGCUUCUCCGCGUGGCCCCUCGGCGGGCCUUGCGCCUCCAAGGUCGCCGUGGCAACCGUGGGGUCCCUAUCUCUGUCUCCCCGCGCCCAGCCUAGAAGCCUGGACAGCCGCGGCGGCGGCGGGAGCGAGCGGCCUCGGCCCCUCCCAAGAGGGGGCAGCGCGACCAUCGGCUGCGGGCGCCGCCUCUGCUGCAACGGUGGCUGCGCUUUCCGCUCAGCUCAGCCGGGCUCGGAUCCGGAGCCCGAGCGCGCCUCGCCGCCUUCCCCUCCUCCUCUGCGGCGGCCUCGCUCCGGCAGUUCCUCCAGGCGAGACGCGUUCGAUCCUCCUUCUCCCGAUUUACGGAUUUCCGGGGGCGAAGAAUUUUGCCUCGGUCCCUACGAGCAUCUCUCAGCCUUUCUCCCCCUCCCCUCGCGACUCCCCCACCCUGUGGGCGCGCGCGCGCACACGCACUCACACUCGCAGGCGCGCGUGCGCACGCCCGCGCGCCCCGAGCCGCGGAGUCUCCAGCGCCCCUCAGCAGAUCCCUGCUCUCUCGGGCGCCGCUACUCACACAGGCUUCCAGCCGCCACGGGGCGUCCUCUGUCUGCAGCGGCGGCGACGGCGGCGGCGGAGGGAACGGCGGCUGCAGCCCGGCCCCGUCUCUCAGCUCCUUGCCCGGGACAGAGUCCGGGAGAAGCCGAGAAGGGGGAGGACGCCGAGGCUGAGAGGAGCCGCGCCGCGCCCGGCGCCCGGCUCCGCGCGGCCGGCUGUCUCCGCUCCUCAUACCGCGGCCCCAGAGGAGAGAGAAUGUGUGCCUAUGCCUGAGGAAGGAAAGAUGUGGAAAGAACACUACCUACUUCUCUAUGCCUCCCACUCAUUCCUCUCCAGGGUUUGAGGUGAUGUAUCUUAGUUCAUCCCCACUACUAUAACAAAAUACCGUAGACUGGGCAGUUUAUAAACAGCAGAAAUUUAUUGCUCUCAGUUCUGGAGGCUGGGAAGUCUAAGAUGAACGUACCAGCAGAUUCGGUGCCUGAGGGCCUAUAGAUAGAGACUUCUGUGUGUCCCCAUAUGACAAAAAGGGUAAAGGGGCUCCUUCAAGCUUCUUUUAUAAGAGAACUAAUUCCAUUCAUGAGAGCUCUGCUCUUGUGACUUACUCACCUCCUAAGGACCCUAACUAUGGACAUUAAUUAAGUUUCAACAUAUGAAUUUGGAGGGAACAUAUUCCAACCAUAGCAUUGAGAGGUGAGUUAGAAAGUAGAGACUCAGCAUGCCCUGAACUUCCAGAUCUGCUUGGCAGUCAUUUUCAACCUAUGCCAAUGGAUGAGUUUAAUCCUACAGUAGAAUGUUAGCCACCCCUUUCCACUGCAGAUAUAAAGCUGUGUUCUUCAAAGAGAGUGAACAGUAAAGCAUUGAUAUCUUUAUUCUCUAUCUGCCUGCUUCAUUUGUCUUCUUAUUUGGUUUGGAAUUUGAGAGAAAUGUUACUUAUCUAUCCAUUUAAAACCCAACCAUAUAUUUCUGUAUCUAGUCAAUUUGUAUGAUGAUCAAAAUAAUAGCAAUAUUUCAGAGCACCAAAAAGAGUAAAAAUGAACUACUGAUACAUGCAGCAACUUGAAUGGAUUUAAAGGGUAUUAUGCUGAGUGGGGAAAAAAAAAACAAAAACAAUCUCGAGAUUUCACAGUGUCUGAUUCCCUUUAUAUGACAUUCUUGAAAUAGAGAUGGAGAACACAUUCGUGGUGGCCAGGGGAUAGGGAUGGAGUGGAAGGAGUUCUUUUGUAGGGAUAGAAGAAUUCUGUUUUUUGAUUGUAGUGGUGGUUAUGUGAAUCCAUGCAGAGGAUAAAACUACAUAGAACCAUGCACACAAAUAAGUUUUUUGCAAAGACCUGGUAAGAUCUGAAUGAGGCUUGUAGUCUAUAUAAGAGUAUUAUAUCAUUGUAGUUUCCUGGGGAGCCAAUCAUAAUCCUGAAAGACACAAUUCCAAAUUCCAUAAUCCCAAGAGAUCAAAAUAUCUAAAAUCUGAAAUUCCCAAAAUCAUAAUCCCAAGAGAUCAAAAUUUCAAGAAUACAUUUCUGGAAAAAAUAAUUUUAAAAUAAUUUAAAAGGUAUUUAUUUACAUUUUCAAAAGGGAAUUUAUUUGAGAAAUAUGUAAAAACAUGACUGAACACUUUAUAGGCCACUUUACACAAUGAAAUAGGCAAUAAUAACAUUUUGCAUAAACACUCAGGUGUAUGCUAAUGAUAGCACAGUUACGAGCAAACAAAUUGUAUUCUUAAAGAAGUACAUCAGAAAGGGAAAUAUAUAAACACACAUUACUAUUAUUGGUAAUUAUCUGCAUCCAGCUUUAUAACUUUGUCAUCUGAAAUACUGUGAUGAACAACUUAAGUCUUUGGACAAGAUUGAUCACAAACUGUGAUGGGUUGCCAAAACAUCUGCAAUUACAGAGAUCUUGAGAAAUUUUGUUUUUCAUAAAUGCAGAUGUACAGAAAGGACACAUCUUCAUUGAUUGAGGAAGUUUCAGUGUUUUUACAAAUACGCACAAUGUGUAUACCCAAAUUCAGUGUUGUAAUAAUGCACUUUUAUGGAGUCAGAUUUGUACAAAAUUCAUAAAACAAAUUAGAACUCUCUGCAAGUCUGUACACAACUUAUACCUCCAGUGUUAGAAAUGGUGCAAAGAUGAAAUACAUAGCAAGUGAAUUGUUAAAAAGGAUGCUGACACUUUAAAAUAUUGAAAAGAAAACUAAAAAAAGGAAAAAGAAAAAAAUUUGACCUAUGAAAAAGUAUACUAUAGGGGGAUAGAUUAUGGGCAGUUGCACAGAGAUAGUCCAUAAGAGCUGGUUGACUUUCUCAGUCAUUAACUGUAUUUUGAAGUCUUGCAUCAUGACAAAUAGCUGCUUUUUUUUUUUUCUUUCAGGACAUGGCUGUCCUUAUAGAAUACAUUCACAUUCAUUUUCUACAUUUUCAUUUUCUAUGUGUCUCCUUAAGCCAUACUUGAUUUCCAAAUAAAGAUGAUAACAAGGUAACAGUUCUGCUUAACAUAGUGCAGCUAUCCUAUGAUUGUGAUUUGGGGAUUUUAGGUGUUAAGUAUUUUAAUCUUUUGAGAUUUAAACAGUGGGAUUGUAUCUUUCAGGAUUAUGAUCCAAACAGAGUUUCCUGGAUUUGAUAAUUUUGGAGGAUGUUACCAUUGGGAGAAGCUGAGCAAGGAUACACAAAACUCCCUAUACCAUUUUUGCAACUUCCUGUGAGUUGAUAAUAAUUUUUACAAAAAAAAGUUAAAAAAAAACCCAAAACUGUGCAAACAUGGUCACUUAAUCUAAGUCCCUCCUCACCUAAAAGAUAACAAGCAGGGAAAUGCAAAAGAGUUUAUUAAAGGCAGAUAUGCCAUAAGAGCCCAUUCCGCAAUAAAUUUUGUCUCAGCUUAAAGUCAUAACACAAUCUCAAAAACUCAAGAAAAUAUUCUAAAUAAUAAAUUUCUAAAAUUCCAUUUAUCUCUUCCUGAUGAUUGUUCAUUUAACUCAAAAUGUUUUAUUUCUUCUCUUACUAGAUGACAUUCUUGACUGUCUUGCUUCCUGUUUUAAAAUCCAAGACUUAUGAAAUUUAAACUCAUUUGUGAAUGUACAAAUGUGUUUUCAUUUACUGUUGGCUCUAAUAAAAAGAUGCUUUUUAUAGACAAAUGGCUCUUAAUGGGUAUAAAAAUACAGUUAGAAGAAAUAAGAUCAAAUAUUUUAUAGUAUAGUUGAUAGUAUG